CCUCGCUGGGGUGCAGCCAGUGGGGGCCCCGUCCUGGUGCUGCUCAGCACCCCUCCCUCUGCUCUGCAGCACCGAGGGGCGGGAUGCCGCGCCCCAGCGCCCUGUGCCCGCCAGCCCGCGUCCGGCGCCGCAGGACCCGGCAGGAGCGCGACUCAGCCAAGUUCGGCCGGGCCCGACCACCGCCACCGCCUGGCCGCGCCCCCGCCACGGCUGCCGCCCGCCCCGUGGUCAUCACGCAGCACCGGCUCACGCAGCACGCGGGGCUCUUCAACCACGAGGUGAAGUCGGCCGACAUCGCCCGGCUGCUGCAGCCCAGCCCCGUGCCGAUGGGGCCCGGCCCCGGAGCCACGUCAGGCAAAGAGAAUGUGCCGCCAGUGCCGGGCAGCGUGGGCGAAGCCGUGCGGGAGCUCGCCCACCAGCUCCAGCCCCUCCUGGACAUCGAAACAGCCUUCCCGGGGCGCAGCCUGGUGCGUGAGCGGCGCCAGGCCGUGCUCGGCGCCUUGCUGCAGCGGCACCACGGCCUGCCGGACCUCACUGCCCUCCUGCGGCACCGAGGUCCUGCCAGCACACCCGAGUCCUCGCCAGCCGGUGGGAAGAGGAGAAGGGCGGGAGCCUGGCUGUCGUCCCCUGAGGACAUGGUGAGCUCGUGCACACGUGUGUGCUGGGAGCCGGGGCGCUUCGCUGUUGGCGUGGGCGCCCGCCAGUCUGCGCCCUUUUCUCCUAUGCAGGCGUCUGGCGCGGCCUUCUGCCUCCCCAUCCCGUUGCCUGCGGUGGGGGCUGCUGCCUGGGAGCCCGGGGACAAGACGGCCAUCGCGGCUGGCAGGGUGGCGAGCAGCUCCUGGCACAGCCCGCCAUUCCCCAGCACCCUUUCCCCAUACCAGCUGAGUCCGUGCCAGGAUCCCACACUCAGGACCAUUGAGGGAGCUGCCCCAGGGCCGCCUGCUGGCAUGUGGAACCCUGGCAAGACCCUUGAGGACCCCCGCCUGGAAGCCUUAGUGCCUCACAGGGACACCAGUGUGGGCGGCUGGGCCUGGGCCCCGGGCAGCUGCCACACGUGGGCCACCGGCCUGGGCCCAUGGGAGCUGCGGGCACUGCAGCGCCUGCCCCUGUCCUUCUUCCCGCCCUCGGCAGCGCUGGAGUGUGGCAUGUCGCCCGCCCCGACCGCGCAAACCGGCUCCAGCCCCGAGGCCUGGGCCUUCCCCCGUAUGAGGCUGUAUUGAGACCCCUGGCCGCCUGCUGCCGGUGCCCCAAUAAAGGCAGUUCUUGCACUUGA